AUGUCACUUAUGGUGGCUAUGGAGCUGGCUUAUAACCUUGAAGUGCAUCGCAAUGAUUCAAUCGGAUCGGUGGGGAUGACUACGAUGUUUACUUUGGAUAAAUCAUGUCCUACUGUAGUCUCACCACCAAUCGUCUUUUUACCUAUUCAUGCUUCCACCACUUCCACUACCGAUACACAAUCUAUCGAAUCUCUGACCUCACGAUCUGAACAACCUACGAUUCCCAAUUUCUUGCAGUCUUGCUCUCACAAGAAUCGCCUUCUGCCAUGUGAUGAAGCCUGCGCUCGGAGAAAAAGGCGGGAAUUAGCAUUGCAAGAGGAAUCUACUGACAGUCAGACACAUUCCAACGUCCCUUUUUCAGAUAGUAAACUUGGGAGCGCCCCACUUGCCCCAAAAUUGACAUUAGCUUCAUGUGAUAACUUUAAUUUGCCUAUUCGAGAGGAUAAGUUAGGUGUGGAUUCAUUCACUGAUGACUCGAUUCCUUCAGAAACUAUCUCUAAAGCCCAAUCUGUCGGUCGGUGGGUGCGAGAAGAAGCUCUGACCGGUUCUAAAGAGUGCUUAACAAAUCCAUUUCCUCCUCCCGAAUAUUCAGCGAGUUUGAAGGCUUUCGCUCGAGCCAAUUAUGCUUUUUCUUCUGAGGUGGAGCAAAAGUUGGAAGCUGUAGUUCGAAAGGUGCCCUACAUACCUUAUUUUAUAUUUUCCGGCUUUGUUUGGACAGAAAAAGCUUUUUUCCUGUUUUCUCCAAACCUCAUAAGAGCUUAUUAUCCCCUUUUUUGUGGCUCAGUUCAGUUUUUAUAA